AUGAUGAAGAUCGCUGCUCCCGUGCUCCUCCUCCUCCUCGCCGGCUUCGCCGUGGCCGGACCAACACCCUUCCCGACCCGGGCGUGCCCACCCAUCGAGACGGUCGAAAACGAAUUUACCUUGGGUGGAUGCAAACCGAUCAUCUUCUUCUACGCUCGAGGCUCGAGUGAAGCCUACAACAUGGGGAACUAUACCUUCAGCCCAGGACCGCCGACGGCGCAGGGCCUGGAGGAUAUAUUCGGAUGCGAGAACGUCGCCGUCGAGGGCAUCGGGUAUGCCGCUCGGAUGGACACCAACCUCCUGCCCGGAGGCGCCGAUCCCGCCGAGGUGAAGAUGAUGCGCGACCUCUUUCUCGACGCGGCGGGCAAGUGCCCUUACUCGAUCCUCCUCGGUGGUGGUUACAGUCAAGGGGCAGCCCUCUGUCACCGUGCCAUCGAGAACCUGCCGGAGGAGGUGAAGGACCGGAUCGCUGGCGUGGCCAUGUACGGCGACACGCAGAAUACUCCCGACAAGGGCCGCAUCCCCAAAUUCCCGCCCGAGAAGACCCUGAUCAUCUGCAACGAUCAGGACGUGAUCUGUAAUGGCAAUCUGACCAUCACCACGCCGCACGGCCUCUACGUCCAGCGGGUGCCUGAAGCUCUGGCUUUCUUCAAGAAGAAGGUCAUGGCUGCUCGCUAUUGA